CGAUAGUAUCCUCUCUUCCUCCACAACAACGAACAACCACCAAGUCUACCAUCACGAAUUCAAGUUCCUCUUCUCUAAUUCAAUAUAGGCAGACGAAUACAUAUUCUAAUAUCUUACUACCACAAUGGGCACUACAUCCCAACCUAUCGCGUUCCAGUCUCCUAAUCAGCUUGAUUUCCAUAUGGCAUCUGGUUCAUCCACUAGUACUAACAAUGCCAGGUCUUACUUGCUAGGUUCCCCAAUAUCAUGGCAUGCUGGCUCAUUUGGCAGUCGUUUCUACCCUGGUUGUUCCCCUGGUGAACUCCUCGGUCCAUUAGAUCCUAACGAAUUCAAGUGUGCCAAGCUGUCAUCUUCUAUCGAAAGCGACCGUGGUUCAAUUAUCAACGCUCUUAGUGCGUUCGACAAGGAAGGCGAAUUGUGUCGCAAUUACACAUGUUGUGGUCUACAAUUAGAUGACCUACAUGCUCUGCUACAGCAUUUUGAGGAAGUUCAUGUUGUCGUGCUUGACCCGUUUGGUCACCCUCAGUUCCCAGUCGUUCCUCCGCCCCAGUCUAUUCGCAAUGCAACUGCUUCCUACUUCUCCGAGCUUCAUCAGAAUCCUUCAUCUUACAAUCAAGGUGGCUUCGAUCCUGAUGACAUGGAGCUCGACCUUGAUCAGGGUAGCACACCUUUCUCAAAUGCAUCAUCGCCCCCUGACACGCCUCUCACAACCCCAUUGUCGUCACACCCUACUCAUUCGUUCAACCACUUUGGUCAUUCGAAGCCUGUCUCUCCCCAUAUUCCCACGUCGGCAUUUGAUACGACAACCGUGCACCCUUCCCGCACCCUUCCUGGCUCUGCAUUCCUACCAUCCCGGAAUGGUCUCUCAAAUGCGGCAGACGCCCCCGAUGCAUUUAACGGUUACGCGGGCUACUCCGACUACUCAUCGUUAAUGCCUGGCACUGUUCCUUCCCCACCUGCGAGCGAUGAUGUUCACGCACCUGUCAGUGAACCAGGUAGUCCCUACGGCUGUCUUCCUCCAGCCGUAGUAUUCUCCACGAGCAAUACCCCUGCCAACACCCCUUCAGCUUCUCGCGUUCCAUCUCCAGCAAUCUCGCGUCACCCCGCGUCCCCCGCUCCCGUGCCUCAUUCGUCGGCGUCCUCGGAUUCCCCUACUUCUUCGAAAACUUUCACAUCACAGCAACCCAAUCAGCAUAGCACCACACUCUCUCGCCCUGCGUCAUCAUUAUUAUCAUCAAAACCCUUCCGCUGCCCUAAGCCGAAUUGCAAUAAGAGCUAUAAGCAAGCUAAUGGGCUCAAAUAUCACAUGACGCACGGCAGCUGUAACUUUGCACCACCCAAGGACCUCGAGCAUGUACAAGCACUGCUAGCUAGCAAGCGGUCCGCUCGUGAGGCUGCUGGGCAGGAAGAUAAGGGCAUCACAGAGGGUGAGAUGCGCGAAGUCGAGCGGGAGGCAGAACGCAGGCUCCGGCCUUUUGCUUGUGGUGUCGGUGAUUGCCAGCGCCGAUACAAGAACAUGAACGGUUUACGGUAUCACUACCAGCACUCGGGUGACCAUGGUGCGGUUGGUUUGGCUCUCUUGGCAAGUGGGCAGCACGAAUCUCUACAGCACGCCAUUGGACGGAGCAGCAAUGCUAGUUCACGGCAUUCGACACCAGUGACGAGUGGAUACUCGACGCCGGUGAGCGGAUACUCGACACCGACGUAUGUUCAACAGUAUCAGCAGCAGAUGCUUUACUCGCUUUGCAAGCACAAGUGCAGAUAA